GUAAGGACAGUCUCGGGCACAGAGGAUUCUACUUUUUGGUUUUUUGUCUCGAGAGAAAGUGAACAGUAGAACGGGAAUAAAAUAAACUCAUACAAAAUGUCCAUAGAUGAAAUCACCGUUAGAAACGGUAUAUUAUUCUUCCUAUGGGUAGAAUUUGUGUGGGAGAUGUACCUUUCCAUCAGACAGUUCAAUAAAGCGCGCAGUACAAAUGAUGUUCCUGAAGCUUUGAAAACAGUGAUGAAACAUGAAGAAUUUGACAAAGCCAAGCAGUACUCCUUGGCAAAAUUGAAAUUUGGUUUUGUGAAGGAUACUCACUCUAUUUUCCUGACUUCAGCUCUUAUAUAUUAUGGGACUUUAGCUUAUAUUUGGGAUUAUGCACACAGUAUUAAUCCUGUAAAAGGUGAAGUCACAACUAGUUGUAUUUGGUUAUUCAUGCUAUCUCUACUGUCCACAAUAAUUGAAUUGCCUCUCACCAUUUACCAUACUUUUGUGUUGGAAGAAAAGUUUGGUUUCAAUAAACAAACUGCAGGAUUCUUUGUUUGGGACAAAAUAAAGGCUUUUUUUGUAAGCCAACUCAUAACUGUAAUGAUAUCUUCAGUGAUAAUAGUGAUUAUCAAAAGUGGGGGCCCAUACUUCUUUAUUUGGCUCUGGGUAGUUGUAUGUAUUAUCUCUAUGUUACUCCUUACAAUAUACCCAGCUGUUAUAGCACCACUGUUUGAUACAUACACUCCUCUUCCUGAAGGUGAAUUAAGAACACAGAUUGAAAACUUGGCAUCACAGUUGAAAUUUCCUUUGACACAAUUGUAUGUAGUAGAGGGCUCCAAGAGAUCUUCACAUAGUAAUGCUUAUUUCUAUGGAUUGUUCAAAUCUAAAAGGAUUGUUUUGUUUGAUACCCUUCUAGCUAAAGAUGAUGGUAAAGGCUGUCAAAAUGAUGAGAUCCUAGCUGUUUUGUCACAUGAGUUAGGUCACUGGAGUUGUAAUCAUAUAAUCAAGAAUUUGAUCGUGAUGCAAGUGAAUUUAUUUUUGUUAUUUGCAGGGUUUGCUUUUAUGUUCAAAUAUCCUCCUUUAUACAAAGCUCUAGGUUUCUAUAAUAUACAACCUGUAUUGGUUGGGUUAUUUGUAGUGCUUCAAUAUGUAAUGAUGCCCUAUAACACCUUACUCAGUUUUUUGAUGACAGUUUUAUCUAGGAAGUUUGAGUUUCAAGCUGAUGAAUUUGCUGUUAAUUUAGGCAAAGCUGAACCACUGGAAAGAGCUUUGUUACAACUGAAUAAGGAUAAUUCAGGGUUCCCUAUUAAUGAUGACUUGUAUUCAGCUUGGCAUCACUCCCAUCCUCCUCUCUUAGAACGAAUAUCUGCUCUUAGAGAGAGUGCUAGGAAACUUAACUAAGACUGAUAAGUUUGAAUUAUCUUUAAGGUUUAUUCAGUGUUUGUCAAACAUUCAUCUUUUUGUGAGUUGAUAGAACUUUGUAAUGAUGUUUCAUCUUGGAAAAAAUAUAUUAUACAUUCACAGAAGAUAUUGUUUUUACUGAUUGCAUUCUUUAGUAAGUAGGUAUGGUAUAUGUACCUAACUAAGUACCUACUCAAUGUUAAAGAACACAUAUUCAAACCACAAUUUACUUUAUUCAAAUUGAAAACUUCCUCAUGUAACCGUGCCUUAAUUCAACUUUGAACCACCUGAUGGGGUAAAAAACGAAAAUAGGAAGUUUACAAAAAAAAAUCUAUAAUCAUUGAACAUGUCAUGGUUGGAAGAUAUGAGCGCUUUGAAGCGCUGACAAGUGACACCGUCCAAAAAUAUUUGGCCAGCCACUGGGACUCAGGUAUUCCAAGACAGCCAAGAGGAGAGAGGGGCCUAUGCAGCAUUUCUGUUUGUUUUGAUUUUUGAGAAAACUUCUAGUUUGAAGUCAAAUUUCAACUUU